GUUAACAUUUAAGUAUUCUUGAUGCAUGGCCAGAACAAGUGAUACUGUCCCUCUUUUUCCUCUGUAGACUAGAGGAGUUUUUUAUAUACAUAAGAUGUCUUUGGAACACUCUUACUUCUCUCUUUUUGCUCUGCUCAUGUUCAGAGAAAACUGUUCACUGGGAAGUUCAUGAUAUGGGACUGGGAACAAGGGUGGGAUGAAGAAGGACAGGGAAGAGGAGGCACAGUUGAUAAAGUAUCCUAGUGAUGCAUCUCCAGAUGAAGGGGUAGUAGAAGAUCUGCCUUUGAUAGACGAGAAAGCUGUGGAGCAGCUGACUGAAGGACUGCUUUCUCAUUAUCUGCCUGAUCUUCAGCGAUCAAAAUCAGCACUACAGGAACUUACACAGAACCAAGUGGUAUUGUUAGAAACAUUAGAACAGGAGAUUUCAAAGUUCAAAGAGUGUAACUCCAUUCUUGAAAUCGAUGCUUUGUUUUCAGAAGCUAAACACUAUCACAGCAAGUUGGUGAAUAUUAGAAAUGAAAUGAUGAUGCUCCAUGAGAAGACAACAAAGCUAAAAAAAAGAGCACUGAAGCUGCAACAAAAGAGGCAGAAGGAAGAACUAGAACGAGAACAACAACGUGAGAAGGAACUUGAAAGAGAGAAGCAGUUAACAGCAAAACCUGCUAGGAGGAUUUGAAAGCAGAGCAUGCAACAAUCUCUCUGAAUUAAUAGCUUCUGGAUUUUCUGGAAUUACGGCAGAUGCCUCUCAAAUGAGGCUAUAGCUGUUACUAGCAACAAUCUACUUUCUAGUAUUAUAAAGUCCAGAAUGGUAAUAAUAGGGUGGGUAACAUGCAGAUUUUUUCAUUUCAGCCAUUCAAGUUGCCUUCUUUUGUAAUAUUAUGCAGUUUGAUAUAUAAUGUAAGUUAAAUUUUGUAUAUCUAUGUGUAUAUAGGGGAACUUGGGCUUCACAGUUCUAAAUACCUAUAAUUUUUUUUUCAUCUGUUGUUCUUGUGUUUAGAAUUCUGAGAUACUCUUGGUGACUGGCACAUACACACAACACAAUACCAGUUAAAGUUCAGUUCUCAUCACCAGACUUCAGUGGCUGCCCAUUUCACAGUUGAGAUCUCUUUGGGUUCAUAAGUACUGACUCUUUGUGCAGUCUCAGUUUGGUCUAUGUCUACUGAACUGAAGAAAGUUCCAGUGUAUUUCCCUUAAAGCUCACUUUACUGCAGCAGUCUUUCUCUUUUUUUUGCUUUAUGUAACUUCUGAUUAAAUUCUCAGCUGGAUUGGUGCGGGAGGGAAGCAGGACACUAAAGGUCUCAAAACUGAUUUGUGCACAAUGCAAAGAUGAAUGAAUUUGUGCUUCCACAAACAUUGGAGUCAAACCAAGAAUCUCUUACUUAUGUAAUGGUCCAGCAGGAUGACUGUGUGGUCCAUGCAGAUUUCUGGAAGAUUAGAAGGUGUAGUUUCCUCAUUCUGUGUGAUGAAAUAAAACACAACCAAAAUGCAACAAUUUCCACUUCACAUGAGUUGCAGUUACACAUAGGGAAAACUACUGCGUUUGUUUUUUUUUCCUUAACCCAUGUUUCACUUGCACUUCAGGGCUGUGUAAGAGAAUUUCUGUUACACUGUCCUUGCCCAAGUUGGCGAUUAGUAGUGUGUACUGAUGAUACAUGUGGAAUAGAGGCUGAUGACCUUUUCUCUGAAUGUAAUUGCUCUCUUGCAGCACUUGGUGUGAGCUCCCAUUCAAAUGAAAAUACAUGUUGUCUAGACUGGUGAAAGAACUUAAACUAUUGGUUCCUACAAUCUAAGAAACUGCUUAUUUUAUAUCUGUGGUGAUUUUUUAGUACUGUACAAUUGGUGUGUUUUGAAGUAAGGUGAAGGGUAAUCCAUGUAAACUUUUACAUAAGAUCUCUAUGGUGAGGUAUCAGAGGGCGUCAGUCAAUUUUUUUUACACAGUGUGCACCUACUUGCACUCUUCUGUAUUGCAAUUUUCUGAGCUUAUUUCCUGUUCUUGUCAUGUUUUUCUGUGAAAGACACUUUAAUGAGUAAUCACCCAACAUGAAAGGUAAACUGGGAUAAUGUUUUGGAGCAAGGAGAACAAAGUACUUGAAGUAGUCUGAAGAGACACUGAAAUGCUGUUACAGGAGCAGUAAUAGAUUAAAAUUUUUCACAGGUACUUUUCCUGUAAGUUGACUGGUGUCUGUUCAUUGCCAGUGGAUUGUUGGUGUGUGCUGCGGUUUGUAUUUCUAAGAGAAAUGUACAGAAUUUCCACAGUCCCUUUUUGGAGUGGAAUGUACAUGACUAAAUGUUAUUUUAAUAUUUUAUUUUGUAAUUUAAUUUCAAAACUAGAUUCUGGGAAUUUAAACAGUUCCUCCUAAUGUAUAACGUGAAACUAGAUGCCUCAGUAUCCAAAUUGGGAUUAAA